AUGACCAAAGAUAGUACUAAAGGAGUACUUAGUGUAUUCGAUUUUGUUCAAUCAAGAAAGUAUUUUGGAUUGGAUAUACCAGUUUCAUCGUUAACAACGGCCAUUCAAUCAUGGUGGGCUUAUCAAAAAUAUCAAUGUGAUAAAUACAACCCAAAUGGUUUUAUUCAAGGUAGAAAAUCUGGACUAAGAUUAAACUUUCACCAAAAGUAUAGAAUUCAAAUUAAAAAGGAUGUCGAUGGUGGAACUAUUCUCCAAAUUGAUUAUUGGGCAAGAAUUAAAAAACUGGGUAUUGCUGCUGCUUUUAUCACUUAUGGAAUCACCGCUGCUGUUGGUUGUGGUACUCUUUCCUAUUUUCUUAUUGAAGCAAGAAAAUUCCUUCGUUCUUUUUGGGAUUGGUUUGAUGGUACCUAUCAAGUUGUAAAUGUUCAGGUACUUGUAAAUGAAGAACAUUUAUCAUCAGCUUUUAAAAAGGAAAUGCAACAACAAGAAAUGCAACAACAACGUCAACGUCAAGAACCACCACCACCACAACAACAACCACCACAACAAGAAGUUGUUAGAAAUCGUCCACCUCCUCCACCACCCAAUUCUCAACAACACCAAAACAAAUCAACUACUCAUACAACUACAACUACAAACAACUAUUAUUCAUACCUACCAGCAGCUUCUGGAUCCCACCAAUCAUUCUACCCAGUUGGUUCUCAACCUCCCAACGCUAUCUAUCAAAAUAACAAUCUUCCCCCCCCUCCUCCUCAAGGUGUUGUUCCUCUUAAUAUGUCAGGAUUUCAAUACAGUUCAUCUGCUCCACCACCUCCUCCAGGUGGUUUGUCAAAUUUAUUUGGAGUGGGACCAGUACCACCAGGAACAAUUAUCAACUCUGCCAAUGCCUUCCCAGCAUCUGCUAGUCAAAACGGAAUCCAACCAUUUAUUUCAACUUCCUAUCCACCAAACCCAAUGAACUUUGCUGGAGCACCUCCAAUGGGACAACCAGGAAAUAUGGGUAUGGGAAUGGGUGUAAGACCUCCUACUCCAUCAUCGGUUCAAGGAGGCAUCUCACCACCCAAUGGUAUUUCUCCACCUCAAAGAUUCUCUGGAGUUGGAAUAGGAGAUCAAAUGUACUCCGGAAACCUUCAAUCCUCAAUGAACCAACCACCACCACAAUAUGGACAACAAAAAUUAGAUUCAAUGUAUGGAGAGUCAAAUCACAAUAUUUUGGAUGAAUUUGCAAGUCAAAUGCCACCAAGCAAUAUUUCUCCAAACUCAUUGUCAACCGUACCUCCUCCCCCUCCACCAAGACCAAUCUCUUCUUCUUCUUCUACUUCUUUAAACAAUGGUUCAGUUCCUCCAUUAUCUUCAGGAUCAUUUAUUCCACCUCAAUCACAAGCAACAUUUGUACCUCCCACUUCUACUGGAUCGCAAAUGCAAGAAUCAAGUGGAACACAACAAGGUCCAAUGUUUGGAACGGGUUCAUCAAGUGUAGAAGACAAUACAGUGAGAAGCCAACAAUUACCUAGUAGUUCUGGAGAUGCAAAUAAACAUUCUGGUCUUGGAUUUGGAUACACCUAUCAACAUUUGGUAGAUUUGGAUAAAAAAUUCAAACAAAGACAACAAAAUUUACAACAACAACCAGAAACUGGUUCACCAUCAAAUUAA